UCAUGAGCAGUGGCCGACCCGAGGCGGCGGCGGGGGAGGGGGUGCUGGGCGCUGUCAGUGGAGCGAGGCACGCGCUCACCCUCGGGUUCUGAGCCAGGGACCCGGGAGGCCCGCGCGACGGAGGCGUGUCGCUCUGGCUGUCACCUUCCCUAGGCGGCCUCUUGUAGACGCGCCUGAAAUGCAGGAUACGGCCCACUAAGCACUGCCAGGCAUAGCUUCCGCGCUUAGGAGCUCAUCCCCCACCCCAAUCUCUGCGCCCCCAGAUUCAGGCAGAUCGUCUUAAAGGAUCCAAGACUACAAAAUGUUUCCUCUGAAGGAUGCUGAGAUGGGCGCCUUUACCUUCUUUGCCUCUGCUCUCCCACAUGAUGUUUGUGGAAGCAAUGGACUUCCUCUCACACCAAAUUCCAUCAAAAUCUUAGGUCGCUUUCAAAUCCUUAAGACCAUCACCCACCCCAGACUGUGCCAAUAUGUGGAUAUUUCUAGGGGAAAGCAUGAAAGACUGGUGGUGGUGGCGGAGCACUGUGAGCGGAGUUUGGAAGACCUUCUACGAGAAAGGAAGCCUGUGAGUCAUUCAACAGUUUUGUGCAUAGCAUAUGAAGUACUUGAGGGCUUGCAGUACUUGAACAAGCAUGGCAUAGUACACCGGGCGUUGUCUCCUCAUAACAUCCUGUUGGAUCGGAAGGGCCAUAUUAAACUGGCUAAAUUUGGACUUUAUCACAUGACAGCCCAUGGUGAUGAUGUCGAUUUCCCAAUAGGGUAUCCCUCAUACCUGGCACCUGAGGUAAUUGCACAAGGAAUUCCCAAAACUACUGAUCAUGUGCCAAGUGAAAAACCAUUGCCUUCUGGCCCCAAAUCAGAUGUAUGGUCUCUUGGGAUAAUUUUAUUUGAGCUUUGUGUGGGGAGAAAAUUGUUUCAGAGCUUGGAUGUUUCUGAAAGAGUAAAAUUUUUGCUUACUUUGGGCUGUGUAGAUGAUACUAUAACAGUUCUCGCUGAGGAGCAUGGGGGUCUGGACAUUAUCAAGGAGCUUCCUGAAAAUGUGAUAAAUAUUUUGAAGAAGUGCCUCACCUUCCAUCCUUCUAAGAGGCCAACCCCAGAUGAGUUAAUGAAGGACCAGGUGUUCAGUGAAGUGUCACCUUUAUACACCCCCUUUAUCAGGCCUGCCAGUCUGUUUUCAUCUUCUCUGAGAUGCGCUGAUCUAACUCUGCCUGAGGAUAUCAGUGACUUGUGUAAAGAUAUAGACAAUGAUUACCUGGCAGAGAGAUCUAUUGAGGAAGUUUACUACCUUUGGUGUUUGGCUGGAGGGGACCUGGAAAAGGAGCUUAUAAACAAGGAAAUUAUUCGCUCCAAGCCACCUGUCUGCACACUCCCAAAUUUUCUCUUUGAAGAUGGAGAAAGUUUUGGACAAGGUCGAGAUAGAAGCUCACUCUUAGAUGACACCACUGUCACGUUGUCUCUGUGCCAGCUCAGAAAUAGAUUAAAAGAUGUUGGUGGAGAAGCGUUUUACCCAUUGCUGGAGGAUGACCAGUCAAAUUUGCCACAUUCAAACAGCAAUAAUGAGUUGUCUGCAGCUGCUACCCUGCCUUUAAUCAUCAGAGAGAGGGAUACAGAAUAUCAGCUAAACAGGAUUAUUCUCUUUGACAGGCUGUUGAAGGCUUACCCAUACAAAAAAAAUCAAAUCUGGAAAGAAGCAAGAGUUGAUAUCCCUCCACUUAUGAGAGGAUUAACCUGGGCUGCUCUUCUGGGAGUUGAGGGAGCUAUUCAUGCCAAGUAUGACGCCAUUGACAAAGACACUCCGAUUCCUACAGAUAGACAAAUUGAGGUGGACAUCCCUCGCUGUCAUCAGUAUGAUGAGCUGUUGUCAUCACCAGAAGGCCAUGCAAAGUUCCGGCGUGUACUGAAAGCCUGGGUGGUUUCUCAUCCUGAUCUUGUGUACUGGCAAGGUCUUGACUCACUCUGUGCUCCAUUCCUGUACCUAAAUUUCAACAAUGAAGCCUUGGCAUAUGCGUGCAUGUCUGCUUUUAUUCCCAAAUACCUGUAUAACUUCUUCUUGAAGGACAACUCACAUGUAAUACAAGAGUACCUGACUGUGUUCUCCCAGAUGAUCGCCUUCCACGACCCAGAGCUGAGCAAUCACCUCAACGAGAUCGGCUUCAUUCCCGAUCUCUACGCCAUCCCUUGGUUUCUCACCAUGUUUACUCAUGUAUUUCCACUGCACAAAAUUUUCCACCUCUGGGAUACAUUACUGCUCGGAAAUUCCUCUUUCCCAUUCUGCAUUGGAGUAGCCAUCCUCCAGCAGCUGCGGGACCGUCUUUUGGCCAAUGGCUUCAAUGAAUGCAUCCUUCUCUUCUCUGACUUACCAGAAAUUGACAUUGAACGCUGCGUACGCGAGUCGGUCAAUCUGUUUUGCUGGACUCCUAAAAGUGCUACAUACAGACAGCAUGCUCAGCCUCCAAAGCCGGCCUCGGAGAGCAGUGCAGUGCGAAGCUCAGCGCCUUACUUCUCUGCUGAGUGUCCAGAUCCUCCAAAGACAGACCUGUCGAGAGAAUCCAUCCCUUUAAGUGACCUGAAAUCAGAAGUAUCACCCCGGAUCUCAGCAGAGGACCUGAUCGAUCUGUGUGAGCUCACAGUGACAGGCCACUUCAAAACCCCCACCAAGAAAACCAAGUCCAGUAAACCAAAGCUCCUGGUGGUGGACAUCCGAAACACUGAGGACUUCCUUCGUGGGCACAUUGCAGGCAGCAUCAACAUCCCGUUCAGCGCAGCAUUCACGGCAGAAGGAGAGCUCAGCCAGAGCCCUUACACCACCAUGCUGCACAACUUCAAGGGGAAAGUCAUUGUGGUUGUGGGCCACGUGGCUAAGCAAACAACUGAGUUUGCAGCUCAUCUGGUGAAGAUGAAAUACCCAAGAGUCUGCAUUCUAGACGGCGGCAUUAACAAGAUCAGGCCAACAGGCCUCCUCACCGUCCCCUCUCCUCAGAUAUGAAGGACCAAGUACAUGGCUGACAAGACAGAGUGCCAUCACCCCCUCACAGCCUGUCACACUGAGACACAAGUGGACAUCAGACCACUGCAUUUCGAAGUUUUCUCAUGAGAUGCUUUUGGAAAUCAUGACUCAAAUCAUCGCAUAUCUAGGCAAGAAAUUUGAUUGCUCAUCUAUUGAUUGCUAAAAGACUUUCCUUAAUAGUGAAAUCCGAUCAUGCCAUAUAAAGCCAGAGGAAUUCAGCUGACAGGGCAAAUUUAGCACUCUCAAGAAUCCACAAUGAACUGAGAAAGCUGCCGUCCAGUGCACUGAGCAGACUGUCUUAACAAAGGUGUUUAGAAAAUAUGUGUUUCACCACCUCUUCCUUAUGGCAGAAAGUAGAAAGCUAGUCACAGUAAAUGUGGCAUUUGUUAACUCACAAACAAGGUGUGUGUGUGUGUGUGUGUGUGUGUGUGUGUGUGUGUACAUGUGUAUGUGUACAUGUGUAUAUGUGCAUGUGUGUGUAUGUGUUUAGACCAUUGUGGUAGCAGCAAUCUCAGAGAAUGGACCUUCAGAGACCGGUCAUAUUUGGUAACAUAUUUGUCCACUUCUAUAGCAAGAAACUCAAAGAAUGACUCAAACAGCUUUUCUGAUCUAACACACUCAAGUCUUCACGGACAGCGACUGCUUCCUUGCCUGCACAGUGGUACAGAGCUGAUAGCUUCUGCUGCUUGACCACAGAACGCUUUUCUUCUUGUGAACACGAAAGCUCCUUAGACUGUGGCAGCACACAGAGGCCUAAGCCAGGUGGUUUCCCAGUGCUGAGUGGGGAAAUGGACACAAGCCCGUCCCUCACCAAGAAGCCAGUUGGUAACCACUCACAAAGAAAAAUGAGUUUCUGCAGAGCAAUCUCCCUGGGGAUACAAACCACACAGAGUUGGACCCCAUGCCCAGCAGUUGAUGGCCAACAAAAUAGGAACUCAGUUGUAUUUUUAGAUUUUUUUUCUGUUUGAUAUUGCUUUGUUUGGCAUUUUUUACCUUUAUUUUUUUCUUACGUGGUAUUGUUUCUGAUGUUGUGGUUUUAUUGGUUUUAUUUGUGUGUAUAUGUAUAUGUGUGUAUUUCUUUGUGCUGUUUUUGUUUGUUUUGUUCUGGUAAGUUUUCUAAAUGAUGAAAAAGGGUGGCGUUGGAAGGGUGGGAAAGAGCUGGGAGACAGGUAGGUAGGGAAACUGAGCAGAGCAUAUUAAAUGAGAAGUUAUUUUCAAUUUAAAAAAAAAGGCUCCUCCGCUUCCAUCAUUAUAUCCGCAGUCUAGAAGGAAAGAAAUGAAAGUGGGAAGGCAAGACAGGGAAGGCAGAAGUAGGAAGAAAUCAGGAAGAAAAGGUGAGCAGGAAAGAGAAGGAAGAGGCAUUGCAUUCCCUUCAAAGGCACAAGCUGAUGCUGCACACUCCCUCCACUGCCUCACCAGUGACCAGCCUGGACUCGCAUGGCGGCACCCAGGGAAUGCUGAAGGAAGCUGGGAUGGCAGCCUCUGGGUUGCCAGAGCUCCCCAGCUCUGAAAGCCUGACUGCAGUGUGAGGAGAAGAGAACGAGAACGUGUACGGAGAGCCAGCAGCAGCCUCGGCCCCAGGGUUGGAAAAGUUAGGUCCUGAGCUCUUCCGAAUCUAAAACUCCACAAUUGUGUGAGACCACAAUAUGGAGUCAGAAAGACAAAGACAUUCAUCAUUUGUAAGAGGAACAUUUUUUUUUCAGAUUUCUGAAAUGGGAACAUAUUUCUGAAAUACAUCCUUUGACUAUUUUGGAUGUUGUUUCAAAAGUGUCCACUCUUGGUACCUUCCAUUCUCCGUCAGUGUGAAGAUUGUCUACUCUGAACAUCUGUACAAAAACCUCAAGCGUCUGGGCCUGGACUUCAUUCUGCAACUGUUGCUGCCUUUAUUUUACUUGGAUCUGUUUUUAAUCUUAUGAGUACACAGGUGUGGGUGCAGGUACCCUAUGGUGGUACACCUAUGGUGUCACCUACUUAUUCUCCAACUUUUCUUUGUUAUUUUUGUUUGGGGCUGUAGACUAGAAUGUUAAUAGCUCAGCAGUAGGCCAGCAAGCUCCUGGGGUCGUGCUGUAUCCAACCUUCCACACUAGGAUUACACACCACUGCCGCGCCCAACUACUUAGUUGGGUUCUGGGCAUCUGAACUCAGGUUUCCAUACUUGAAAGACAAGCACUCUACCCACUGAGCCAUCUCCUCAGCUUACAUCUAUGUAAAACUAUACUUUGCAAACCAUAAAAUUCGCCUUUUUAUCCUAGGUGAUUCAGUGACUUGUUAUAUUCAUAACAUUGUACUGUAGUUCCUGGUAGUAGUUAAUUCCAGAACAUUUUCAUGACCCCAAACCAAAAUAUUGUAUUUAUUUGCAGCCAUUUUGCCUCUACUUGGUCUUUGAUUUCAUUUUUGUGCCUGGAGUAAAACAAGGACCUAACUUCACUUUUGCGUAAAGAUAACCAGGUCAAUUAAAUUAUACUUGGUUAUUCACCAAAUAUCUUUUGAAUUAGUUACUGUGCAAGAUACUAAUGUGACCAAUAACUAUCAUUUUGUGAUUUUUACAUAGUUUGUAAAGGAAAACAAAGAGGAUUAGGAAAAAAAAUGACUACCAUUGUCUAACCCCAUUUUCUGACCAACAUGAACCUCGUCAGUGCUCCUGGUUUUCUUCGGUCUUUGGUGGUUUGACUGUCUCCACAGGAAGACUGUAGCACUGAUAAUCAACUCAGAAUUGCUCCCCCUCUUACCUUUCUCAGAGUGGCCCAGGUGUGACUGGUCAGAGUGACAGAUGGAAGAGGGUGAAGACAUGAGCGUUGUAAAGAAAACUAUAAGGGAGAGAUGUGGUUCACCUCCAUCAGGAUCUUUCAUGUGAUUUUUUUUUCUUAAAACAACACAUUUAGGCUUGUUCUAAAUGAUGGGGAAAUGUUUUAACAUAUAAAUUUUAAGUAAUAUUUAAUAUUCUCAACUACAACAUUCAAGGUGUCUAUGAUGGUUAAUAUUGUCAACUUGACAGGGUCUACACUUACCUAGGAGACACUCCUCUUAGGCAUUUCUAUGGGGGAGUUGCCAGAUUGGGUUGAUUGAAAUGGGAUGCCCCAUCCUAACUAUGAGUGGUCCUAUUCCAGUAGCUGGGGUUCAGAAUGGAAUAAAGAGAGAAAGAACGCUGUGCACCAUCAUUCAUCUCCCUGUGUCCUGACUGAGGAUGUAAUGUGACCAACAAGCCUAAGCUUCUGUUAUUACAACUUUCUGUGAUAUUCUGUAUUCUAAAACUGUGAGCAAAAAUACCCCCUAUCCUAUGCUGUUUCUGUCAGGGUAUUUUAUCCCAGAAACAGAACAAGUAAUACAGCAUGCUGACCUGUGGCAGAUCAUCUCAAUAAAGUGGACCUUAGCAAGUGUUUCUUAAAGUAAA